AUGCGUAUUGAGUCAAGAUCUCCAAUAAUCGAUGUGGCUUGUGGUGGCGAGAUGGCGGACACCUUCCUCGCAAACCUGCCUCGAGUCGCAAACGUCAUCCAUCGGAAUUGGUACCAUCGGCUGCGGGUGAUCACUAACUACUUCGUGGUCUCGAUGGCUCUGGCGGACAUGCUUGUGGCUCUCAUGGCUAUGGCAUUCAACGCAUCCGUGCAGCUCACCAACAUGUGGCUCUUUGGGCCGACCAUGUGCGACCUCUGGAACUCCAUGGAUGUGUACUUCUCUACGGUAUCUAUACUACAUCUCUGCUGCAUCUCCAUUGACAGGUACACGGCCAUCGUACAGCCGCUGGACUACACCAUGCGCAUGACCAAGAGCACCGUGGCCCUCAUGCUGGCUGUCGCCUGGGCGUCGCCGCUCACCAUCUCCGCCCUGCCAAUAUUCCUGGGCUGGUACACCACAGCGGAGCAGCUGGAGUUGAUCGCUAACACCCCAGGGCUGUGCGACUUCAAAGUGAACCAAGUGUACGCGAUCGUGUCUUCCAGCGUAUCCUUCUGGAUCCCCGGCAUCAUCAUGCUGGUCAUGUACUUCAGGAUAUACAGAGAAGCCGACAGACAGGAGAUGAUGGUCUUUCGGUCAACAGUUGCUUCUCUGCUCCUCAAUAAACAUCUCCACUUAAACGGAAUGAAAUCCAGCGCCAUGAAUGAUCAUCAAAUUACACCGGCCGCCAAUCGUAAUUUGCAUCCACCAACGAAUGGUUCGAACAUGCGAUCCGAUAAUGCAAACGUUACUUCUGAUGUGUCAUCUUUAAAACCCAAGUCAGACCACCUAAGGUUGGAGGCAGCUGAUGAGCCUUCAAAUUAUACCAGCCAGUUUAAUGAUACAUCAAAAAAUCAUGAUAAAUCAUCUCAAAUAACAAGCGCGUCUCCUAACCCUUCUUGUAAGCAAGCUAGUGUAGAUAACCAAUCACAAGAGAGUAUACGUAAGUCAGAGGAUUCUAAUAUUUCACCAGAAAAAACAACAAUGCUGCCGAGCAAGACUAUAAAUUCCAGUUCCGAAAGCGAUGCUCCUUCCGGCGUCUCUGCAAAUCCACUUGCAAGGAACGCUUCUUGUGGUCACGCUGAUGGCUAUGACUGCAGUCGUCCUCUCAGCCAAAUGAGCAGUCCGGGCAUGGACGUUCUAGGAAGAACAGCGUUUCGACCUUAUCAUUUUCCAGAUGAAUAUCAGCCAAACGAUACCGAUGAUACCAGUCCAGAGCUUCUUGACUCCCCACUAUUGAAGUGCUCAAAGCUUUUGAAACUAAAGUAUGAUAGUUUCCCCAAGCCAAGGGGAGCCAUUAAAACUACUUUAUCUAACUCAUCUUAUAGUUACGUUCAAAGUCAGAUUUCUUCGCAUGUUGAUAACUUAUCGAGCUCGGUGCCCAACUUAACAUUAGCAAGAGUUCCCCGAAAAAUAUCUAAGAGCACUUUCCGCAAAUUGGAGGAAAUGUGCGACCCUUCUCCAGAAGAGGAACAGCUUAGUGCAAAAAUUGACGCUUCGGCUGAUGGCUUUGCCAAAUUCGACGGAAAAUUUAUCGAACCCUUUCAGCAGAAAGAACCUGCUGACACUUUCGAUCGAGAUGACAAUUCGUCAAUUAUCUCGCGAGCAGAAACCGCUCGGAGUCAGCCAUGCAAAGAUUUUAGUCGAGAGUUGAAUCUGGGAAGCUGCCUUGAUAAUCGUGCAUUCCAUUCCGACGGCAACAUUCCAUCGAGAGGGAAACCUUUCAUCAGAAAUCAUUUUGACUUUGCUCCUCUUGUGUCUGCUGCCAAUGAUGCAAACGAAAACGUCAAAGUCGUCCCCACAAGUUCUGCGGUCCUCACAACGUGCACUGUGAGUUCUGCUUGUACAGCUACGACAAACUCUGGCGCUUCCACUGAAAUUGCUCAGCAGCCUUUAAAAAAUCGAGCUUCAAAAGCGACCGACAAGCUGGUGAAGCUGACGAAAUAUCAAAGGAGUCCCAUGAUUCUGCGAGUUGGAAGAUCCUCCAGCAAAGCUGCAGCCAAUGCCGACCGUCAGGUUGCGAGCGUCAAAGACAAGGUCGCAUCCACUGUCAAAAAGCGGAAAUUUCUCGGUGUUGGUAUGCGUGUCGGCAGAUCGCCAAGUCCUGUCAACGAUCGAGGAGUGCGAGUGCGAGAAGAACCAGUUUUGGUCGAAGACAAGAAAAAGCAAGCAACACUUCACAAAAUGAAGCGGGAAAGAAAGGCGGCCAAGACUCUUGGUAUCAUCGUGUCCGUGUUCCUGCUCUGCUGGCUACCAUUCUUCACGUGGUACCUGCUAGCUGCGCUGUGCGGAGAUCCGUGCCAAGUACCUGAACCUGUGGUCACAACUCUCUUCUGGAUUGGGUACUUCAACUCAACCUUGAACCCAAUCAUCUACGCUUACUUCAACCGCGACUUCCGUAAGGCUUUCCGUAAGACCCUGAAGCAUUACUACGCCGUGUGCGGCGUACGCUGGUUAUGUCGCAGCGUGCGCCGUGUAAUCAAGUGCCCAACGUGUUGCUUGUGUUGUCCGUGUUGCACGAGGUUGUGCUCGUGUUGUGCUCCGUGUUGUCCGUGUUGUUGCAGCCAAAAGUCUGCAAAUGAUACGGUAUCUUCUGACGCCGGCCUCCGAUCUGCAGUGAGCUCUGAAUACAUCCAUAUCGAAAUGACCGCCGUCGAACAUAAGAUGUAGUUAUUUUUUGGGAAAAGUUAAUAAACAAGAACUGCCAUUAAAAAUAUUCCACACAAACAUGGUAUCAAAUGAAAUGACCAGGAGGUGGUCGAUCAUGAGCCAGAAUAUUACGAGACCAGAAAAAAUUUAUUGGCAAUUUUCCCCUUUCAGUUCACGAAUAUUUUGGUGAACUGGAAAUAUAUAUAAUAUUUUCUGCGCCACUAGCUUUUGAUUAAA